AAAAUUCACAUGCUAUGUUCACAAGAGUUACAGUUUAAAUAAACAAAAUCCAAAUCUUGUCACUUUCCAUCCCUUGUAUUGCUUAUAUAACAACAAACAAUUCCUUCUCACUUCACAAUUCAUCAUCAAAAUGGCUAAAUCAUACAGUACAAUGAUCUUUUUGCUUUUUGCACUGAUCAUGACAGUACAAAUUGUAACAUCAAAUGCUGCAGAAAUACCAGAAACUAUUUGCAAGGUCCCAAUCAAUGAACUUGUAAUAUGUUUACCUGCAGUAAUGGGCAAGAAACCUCCGAAACCGACACCGGAUUGUUGCACAGUUCUACGCAAGGCUGAUACACAGUGUAUGUGCAACCAGAAAUCUGAGUUGGGGAAAUUUGGGAUCAGUCCUGCAGCUGCAAUGAAUCUGCCUAAGCAAUGUGAAAUUGAUGUUCCUCGUGGAUGUUAAGAUCUGCGUACACUCUAUCCUCUUCAGUUUUCACUUGUGGGAUUUCACUGGAUAUGUUGUUAUGAAUGUUGAGAAUUGUUGGGACUAAUUUAAGAUAAGCAUGUAUUUUAACAUGAAUUUGUUUUGAAUUGUUUCACUUCACUUUAUUGUGAAGUUGACAUUGUUUUUAUGUGUGUGUUUGUAAUUUGUGUUAUUUGAGAAUUUAAAUAAACUUUCUUUGAGU